AUGGGCACCGUUGCAGAUCCGUCCAACAUCGUCGUCAUUGGCGGUGGCAUCGUCGGCGCUUCCAUCGCCUGGCACCUCGCCUCGCAGGAUGCCAACGUCACCAUCGUUGCCGAGAAGCUCGGCGGCGUGGCCACGCCAAACUCAUUUGCAUGGAUCAAUGCCGCUACGAACGACAAGACCUACUACGACUUCCGCAUCCGCUCUAUCGAGCACUGGGUAGAGAUCAGCAAACGCCUUCCGCAGCUGCCCAUCCACUGGAGCGGGUCUUUGAGCUUCCACAUGCCGCCAGACGAGCUCGAGGACUAUCUCCAAGAGCAUGCCUCGUGGGGCUACGAUGUGAUCCGGGUAGACAGGACAGAGAUGAGCGCCAUUGAGCCCAACCUCGGCGCCGAUUCCUUGCCUGACUGGGCGGUCUAUUCAACUCAGGAGGGUGCGAUGGAAGCUGACGAGGUUGCACUGCAGCUCAUCGAGAAUGCAAAAGCCGAACUGGGGGCAACCGUUGUCGAGGCCAGUGUGACGGGCUUUUUCAAGAACGAAGACGGCAGUGUGGGCGGCGUGCUCACCUCUGCGAGCAGCGAGGCGAUCCGGGCAGAUCAUGUUGUGCUUGCUGGAGGGCUGGGCAGUGUUGCCCUACUGGCAGCUGAGAAUAUUAGGCUGCCAGUCUCUGGUCGCGAAGGGCUUCUCAUCAACACCAAGCCUGUCCAGAAUGCGUCAACAACUCUGCUCAAUACGCUGUACAAUGGCAACGAGUUGCACAUGCGGCAGACGUCGCAUGGCCGCAUCCGGUCUGGCAAGGACUACGCGGGCGGCGACACGGGCGACGCACCCGAGGAUGCGGCUGCCGAGCUGUUUGCCAAGGUGGAAAACGCUUUCAAGGAGUCUUUUACGGACGGAGAGGAACUGAGACUCGACUAUGACUAUUACACGAUCGGCGUACGUCCGGAUCCCGAGGACGGCCUGCCAAUUCUGGGUGCAACUGGUUUGGAGGGGCUGAGCUGUGCUGUCAUGCACUCUGGUGUGACCAACGCUGCUAUAGUGGGCAAGCUCUUGGCCGAACAGGUCCUUCACAGUGUCACCAACCCUCUGCUUGAGCCUUAUAGGCUUUCGCGCUUCUCGAGGGAUCAGUAG